AUGGAGAUGGAGGCCCCGUCGUCGCCGUCGAGCAGCCGUGUUGCCCCCGCCCCACUGCUCCCGCCGGUUCGCUACUACAUGCUGGACGAGCACAACGAGGAAGAGGAAGAAUGGCUAUCCCGUCUGACGUCUCCGGGCGGUGAGCCUCCGGGGCCAUGCCUGGGCGCCGGGUGGCUCCCGCCGCCGAUGUCACCUCGCGCAUGGAAGGCGGCAGCUGCGGCGGCCCAGCAGCCGGAGCCGCCGCAAGACGAAGAAGAAGAUCCGGAGUCGGAGCCAUAUCCAUACGACGAGCAGACACUGUACGCACCACGGCUAGACCCGGUGGCGCGGCAGCGCCUCCAGACGAGCCUGGCCAAGUCGGCCGCCCAGGACGCGCUGCACCACUACAACGCCAACGCCGGCAACAAGGUCAAGCUCGAGCUGACCAGGGCCACGAGAUAUGUCAGUCUUCUGAACAGCCAGGGCUCGUACCACCAUAUCGACUUCUUCGCCACGGCCAUGGACCAGGAGGAUGCUACCUCUUCCCACACCACGGGAGAGCGCUUCUUCUUCGCUGAGUUGCACGAUCAGAACAGGCGUGGCCCUGGUGGAGCCAGGAUACGGACUCCAACUUGCUUGUGCUCGCUGGACGGAGAGGCAGACGAUCGAGUCGGCGGUCUCGCCGGCAACUGGUUUGCCGGAGCUCAACCGUGGCUCGUGCCCGUGGAUUACUGCCUCGCGUGUGACGAUGAGAUGAAGCAUCCCAAGGACGGCGCCUCCUACCAAGCCGGUCACCUUUACGCACUGCCCCAGCCAGGGCAGGGGAAACCGCGCGCGCUAAUUUAGAUAGAUUAUUUUGAUACUCCUUGUAGUAAUGGCGAUGAUCAAACUCGCUGAGACAAGAUUUGGCGUAGCGCAAUGUC